AUGGACUGUCCAUCCUCCGUCUCAACGAGGAGUUUUAAAAUUCACAACAAAUCAAUAAAAAAGGCUUAUUUGGUACUGUAUGCGUUGCGAAGGUCAUUGCUGAAGGUCUCGGAAAACAGCAGGUCACAAUGAGUUCCCUCUCUGCAGACAGGAAGCCCCCUCUAGACUACGGUGUCCAGAUUCGCUUCAUCAAAGAUUUGGAUGAUGCUGGCGGAGGGUUUCCAGACAGGAGUCGACUGGCCAAUGGAGUUGGUGGUGUCAGCAAUGGGACUCCUUCGCCGUCUAAGUAUGGAGUAGCUGUGCGAGUUCAAGGCAUUUCAGGACAGCCCUAUGUGGUGCUCCAGGAUGGAGAAAAAGGGGACUCUUAUGGAGUACAGCUGAAGACUCAACCACAAAUCCAGAGCGCACCCCCAGUUAUCUCUCAGACAUCCCCAUAUAACACCAUGCUUCUGGGACAAAGGGAAGGGGCUCGAGCUCCCCAAGGUUCAUAUAACCCUACUGACCAACCUAGUUCUCCAGAUGAAGACUUUGGAAGUCCUUUAAGGAGGCCACCUGGCGAUGGACAGGCUGGGACUCAAGGUGAAGCCGAGCCCAGGACUACAGAACGCCUCACCCCCUCUACUCUUGCUCCCAAGUUAGACAAAAAGGACAAUGAUGCUUUUAACGAAGCAGGCCUUAGGAAGGUCAAACAGAAUGGGAUUGGGAGUAGUCUGAAUGGGACAGGGCUAAAUGGAUCUUUCCCUCCUCCCUCUUCUGCACAAGAUGAGGAUCAGGCCCCAGCUAUAGACACUAAAUCCUUGGCUCCAAUUAAUAAACUCAUUAGCCGCUUUGGUGGUGGUGGUUCUGGUGACAUUCUUAACUCAGAAGCACAAACUCGGCCUCGACUUGAUAACAGAGUUCGCUCUCAGAGUGCAGAUGCUCUCAACAAACCUUCUGAAGAGACCUCAUCAACCUCGCCGACAAUAAACCCCUAUGCCCCCAUUACUUCAGCUACAGUGCCCAAACUCAACUCAACGAAACCAUCAUCAACUGGCAGUCUAGGACGAGACGCCACCUCUGUUGCUAAAGUGGCCGCUGUCCCCAACUUCAAACCUCUCGCUUUCAACCAAUCACCAAAGCUGUUUGUGCCCAAGGAGGCACCCCCUGCUGUACCAAAGAAACCAGUGACCCCUGACCUCAUAAAGAGCCAGACUACAAGUAUAGAGAACGGAAAUGGAGAGGAUGCCCAGACCAAACAAGCCAUUUACAACAUACUUAAAGAAGGGUCUAUUGAGAAGGAGGAAGCCAUCAAGCGCAAAGCAAGCCUCAUUCAUGAAAGGUUCUGUGGGGUGAAGGCUCCUCAGAUCUCCGUGACUGACAGCAACAUGAAGACUGAACUGGAGCAGGCCUUCAGCAGAAACACACAAUUACAGCAACAGCUGGACAAGAGCAGGAGAGAACUGCAGGAAAACCAGGACCAAAUGGUGGAGCUGCGCAUGGAUCGGGAGGGAGCGGAGUCUCGAUUGCGACAGCAGGAGGAUCAGCUCGCUCAGCUUCAGGAGGAGCUCAGAAGAACACUGGAGAACUCGCCUCAGUCUGACAACAUGCAGCUGGACUUAUUGACGGUGCAGGCCGAGCUGUCAGAGUCUCAGAUGCUGAGGCAGAAGCUGGAGGACACUUUGAGACAGAGAGAGCGAGAACGUUCACACGCUCUGAAGGAGCCCUUAAGGACGAGGGUGGCAUCUCAUGAUAAAGAGAUGGGCCUGAGAGAGCAGUUCAGUCAAGACAUGGAUGCUCUGCGGCACAGCAUGGAGACCGUCUCACAGUCUCAGCUGGAAAUUGAGGAGGAGCGUCAGAAGGUGAACGCCUCUAUUCUGGCUAUGGAGGAAGAGCUUGAGGGCUACAAAGAGCAAAGCGAAGCAUGGAAGAAGCAGUUUAGCUCCGCCAACCAAGAGCUUCUGAAGGCUCAGCAGGAGAAGAGAGAACUAGAAGAGAAAUUGCUCGCAGUUGCAAAACAGACUGAUGAAACGGAUUCAAAUGCAUUGAUGAAAGAGUUGCAGCAGUGCCGAGAUGGUCUGAAAAAAGCUCAAUCAGAACUGGAAAAGCAGAAAACUGAGGCACUGAAAAAACAGGAGGAGCUUAAAUCAGCUACGGAGAGCAUGAGAAGCGGGAAAAAUGAGCUGAAGGCAGAAAUCGACAGACUAAUAAAUCAGUCAAAGAAAGAUAAAGAGGAGCUUUUAAAAGCAAUGGAGAAAACACAACAGCCUUCAAUAUCAGACGAAACCAAGGAUACUGAAAGCAAUGUAGAACUUCAAGAGGCCAAUGCUCGCUUGAGGGAGAGAAUAGCACGCAUGACGCGGCUGCACUCGAGCGUUCCCGAAAGCAGCUCCUCUGAUGUUCUGGAGGAGGAGAACCGGAGCCUGAAGACUCAGCUGGAGGAGUCGCGACGUGCAGCCUCUCGACUGGGUGUGGAGAAAGAGGAGCUGAACCGACGGCUGGAGGAGCGCGAGAGAGAGAGGGAAGCUUUGAGACGCGGCAAGAGCGACCUGGAGGAGCAGAAGAGACUGCUGGACCGAUCCCUGGACAAGAUCAACAAGGAGAUGGAGUCUAUGAUGGGAGACUCUCGUCAGUCGGUGCAGGUUCUUCAGUCCCAGCUGGAUGAAUUCAGGGAUCGUUCUCGCAGAGAGCUGCAGGACGCUCAAAGACUCGGUAAAGACAGGCUGGUUGAGCUGCAGAGAGCGCAGGCCCUCCUCAAAACCACCCAGGAGGAGGUGUCUCGUGUGAAGAAGGAGCUGCUGUCGUGCUCAGAGGAGAGAGACAGCGCCCAGCUGGAUAAAGAGCUCCUCAGCAGCCGACUUAACAUGGAGACAGAGCUGCACACGGACAGAAGCUCACAGACGGACCGCAGCAGAGAGAUUCGUCUCUUAGAGGACAAAGUGAAGACAUUAGAGAUUGAGCUGGAUGAGGAGAAGAGCGGAGCGGAGCUACUGAAUGAACGCAUCACUCGCUGUCGAGAGCAGGUGGAUCAGCUGCGAUCUGAACUGAUGCAGGAGCGAUCAGCCAGACAUGAUCUUGAGAUGGACAAAAGUGCACUGGAGAGACAGAUUAAAGAGUUGAAGUCUCGUAUUGCUGAUAUGGGCACUCAGUCUCGUCCCUCGGCUGGAGUCACAAUGCUGGAAAACAAGGUUCAGGAGCUGGAGGACCGUCUGCGCAGUGAAGAGAGGGAGAAAAACACCAUUCAGGCAGCACAGAGGAGAUUAGACAGAAAACUAAAGGAUGUGACGGCCACCCUGGACCAGGAGCGAAAUCAACACGCUGAACAGAGAGACCAGCUGUCUCUGCGAGUGAAGGCUCUGAAGCGUCAGCUGGAUGAGAGCGAGGGUGAGGUGGAGCGUCUGGAGGGUGUCAGACGGAAGGUUCUGCGGGAGCUUGAGGAGCAGCGGGAGCUACAGGCGGCGCUGCAGGCCAAAGUCAACGCAAUGGACAAUGAGCUCAAGAGGAAGAUUCAGCAGUCCCGACGGUCGACUCUAGGAAGCACAUUAAGCUCUGAAGAGGAGGACAAUUAUUCAGACACCAAGAGCAUCACGUCUAUUCUCACCGAAUCACCGCUUCAGACCACCAGCUGUUAAAGACUCGACACACACGUAUUUUGAUUUCUGUAAAUGCAAAAAUAGCAGAUGAAACAUGAAAGAUUGCUGAUCAUAUGCAUUACAGCAGUGUUUCCCAACCCUGUUCCUUAAGACGCUCUAACAAUACACAUUUUCAACCUCUUUCUAAUCAAACACACCUGAAUCAACUCAUCAGAGCAUUAGAAGCGACUCCAAAACUUGAAGGUAAUGGGGCAGAUCCAAAAGGGAGACAUCCAAAAUAUGUACUGUUGGUGUGCCUCCAGGAACAAGGAUGGGAGUUAGAGACAUGAAGGAUACUAAUGAAGUGAGUUCAACACUGUGAAAUGCUGCUGUGAACUGCUGGGAUUUUGAGCAUGGAGUGAUGUCAUGUGUGUUUUUGACAGGUGUUGAUGGGUGAAGCAGAUAGUGUGAAGAAGAUUCAUCAACCAAAAUGUACUUUUGUAUUGUUUUUGAUAAGUGUUCAGUUCAGAAUGAUUUGUUUUUGUUGUUGUUUGUAAGUGUUGUUGUAGCAAUUCUCUUAUCUGUUUAAAGUGUUGUCGGUUAAAGGAUUUUAACAUUCUUAAUUAAAUUACUUUCAUUUUCAGAGGUAAAUGAUAUCAGUGAAGGAUUUCAGUUUGAUAGGAUGUAUAAACGCAAGGUACAUCAGCUCAGAAAUAUUUAAAUUUUUAGACAAAACUUUUGUAAGUGUUCCCUGUUUGCUGUAAUUUUACACACUUGAGUAAAUUAUUAUAAAGGACAUUCAGAAUGUAGUUUCCAAAAUAUGAUUGACAGCGUUUGUGCCAAGACAGAAAAAGGGAAAGGAUCUUUUGAUGUUAUGGCUUUGAUAAUGAAAUUUUGUAUUUGCCAUUAAUUUCCAUACCUUUAGAAAGCUAAUGUAAGCUGCUUUUUGUAUUAUUUACAGAUGCAUAUACUGCAAACUGCAUAUUUAGGUUAAUCAGAAUGCAUUUGCCCAUCUGAUAAUAAUUUAUAACUGAUUUGGAAGUCAAUUUCAUAUUACCCUGUACAAUAUAAGAAUGUAUAUAAUGCCCUGUGUUCAAAGUUUAUUCUUCCACUACAGAGUAAAACGUUUAAAUAACUUAAA